CCCUAUUCGGAGCGCGCUGCUGCGAGAGAAGAGAUUGCACGCCGACUCUCUCUGCACAUACAGAUAUAGAGAGAGAGAAACCCUAUCCACCGUUCCAAACGCCCCCUUUCCCUCCUCUCCCUCUCUCUUCUUCCCAGUCGCGCGACUGCAAUCUCUUCCGCUUAUCUAGUCGGAAAAGAAAAAUCGACGGCGGCGAGUUAUGAUGGCGGAUCCAACGUUGAUAAGCUUAAGACCUGGCGGCGCCGGCGGCCUUCGUGCCCCCAGAUUCCUCACGGCUCGCUUCGAUUCUAACUCUUCUGAUGCUCAGGCUCUCCCCUCCCAUGCCGGCCUCGCUUCCGCCUUCAAGACUGGUGACAUGCGGUUUGAAGGUCAUGAGCGAGUUCGAUAUACUAGGGAUCAGCUAUUGCAGCUUAGGGAGGAGGCCACUACUAUCCCUGAAGAAAUUUUGAAGGUUAAACGAGAAAUAGAUGUUGAGUUUGCUAUAGAGGAUCCUACUUGGGGUCGUGCAGAUACUACCAAUCUGCAACCUCAACCCCAAGGUCGAUAUUCUGAGCCAGAUAACCGUGAUUGGCGUGGUCGAUCUGCACCUGCUUCUGAAGAGCAUAAAAAGGAAUUCAAUAACCAGCAGGACCAACCAAAUUCCCAGUUUGGAAGGGCACAAAUUUCUGGUAACCAAGGGGUGGGACCUGCUCCUGCCCUCAUUAAGGCAGAAGUUCCAUGGUCAGCUCGAAGAGGAACGCUUUCUGAGAAGGAUCGUGUCUUGAAGACAGUGAAAGGUAUACUGAACAAGUUGACCCCGGAGAAGUUUGACAUUCUCAAGGGCCAACUGAUUGAUUCUGGAAUUUCCACUCCAGAUAUUUUAAAGGAUGUAAUCUUUCUGAUUUUUGAUAAGGCUGUGCUGGAGCCAACAUUUUGUCCUAUGUAUGCGCUUUUAUGCUCAGAUCUUAAUGCAAAGCUUCCUCCUCUCCCUUCUGAGGAGGCUGGAGGGAAAGAAUUCACAUUUAAACGUGUUCUGCUGAAUAAUUGCCAAGAGGUUUUUGAAGGUGCUGACAACUUGAGGGCAGAAAUUAGGCAGAUGACUGCUCCUGAGCAAGAAAUGGAAUGCAGAGAUAAAGAACGAAUGCUUAGGUUGCGAACUUUAGGAAACAUACGGCUUAUUGGAGAACUAUUAAAGCAAAAAAUGGUGCCUGAGAAGAUUGUUCACCAUAUUGUUCAGGAGCUUCUGGGUGAUGGCAAAACAUGCCCUGCUGAGGAGAAUGUGGAGGCAAUAUGCCAAUUUUUCAACACCAUAGGUAAGCAGCUGGAUGAGAACCAAAAGGCUCGGCGAAUCAAUGAUAGCUAUUUUAAUAGGUUGAAGGAGCUGACUACGAACACCCAACUAGCAUCACGGUUGAGGUUCAUGGUCCGUGAUGUUCUUGAUUUGCGGUCUAACAACUGGGUCCCUAGGCGUGAAGAGGUGAAAGCAAAGACCAUUAGUGAAAUCCAUUCAGAUGCAGAAAAGAAUAUGGGGUUGCGUGCAGGUUCGACAGCAAUGAUGAGAAAUGCUCGCAAUGCUGCUUCCCAGGGGGAUUUGAGCCCAGGAGGUUUUCCUGUUACCAGGCCUAUGCCUGGAAUGCCCGGGACUAGGAAAAUGCCAGGUAUGCCUGGUCUUGAUAAUGACGAUUGGGAGGUCUAUCGAUCCCGUUCAAUGACCAAGCGUGAUGGUUUGGGGUCCCAGUCUGCCAGUCGUGUCCAGCCACCGUUGAUUAGCAAAACACCUUCUCUCAAUUCAAAAUUUUUACCUCAAGGCAGUGGUGGCAUAAUAGCUGGGAAAACGAGUGCCUUAUUGGGAGCUGGUGGUCCUCCUUCCCGAGUAGAACCUUCUACUCAAAAUCCCAAACCUGUUCCGGCUGCAUCACCAAUUCCAGCCAAGAAACCUCUGGCUCCUGCAACUGUAUCAGAUUCUUCCAAGCCUUUGGCUCCUGCAGCUAUAUCAAAUCUUGCUGUUCUACAAAGGAAAACUGUAUCUCUUCUGGAGGAGUAUUUCAGUGUUCGGAUUCUCAAUGAAGCACUUCAAUGUGUGGAGGAGCUGAAAGCCCCAGCUUACCAUCCAGAGGUUGUCAAGGAAGCUAUUAACCUUGCUCUGGAAAAGAUCCCACCAUCUGUAGAACCUGUUAUAAAGCUCCUAGAGUUCUUGGUCAAUAAAAAUAUGCUGACAUCUGUUGAUAUAGGAACCGGGUGCCUUCUUUACGGGUCAAUGUUGGAUGACAUUGGCAUUGAUUUGCCAAAAGCGCCAACUAAUUUUGGUGAGAUUCUUGGGAAGUUGGCUCUGGCGAAGGUGUUGGACUUAAAGGUUGUGAUGCAAAUUCUGAAGAAGGUGGAAGAUGACAUGUUCCGGGCAGCCAUCUUUGGGACUGCUAAGAAGAGCAUUGCAUCCAGCCCUUCCGGGCAGGAAUUUUUGCUUACCCAGGAAACCGUGGUCCAGGCAUGUGAGAGUUUGCUUACCUGAUUCAUGCUAGUUUCAGUUGACGUGGGAAAGCUGUGUGGCGUUGGGCUUCCGAGGGGGUGGAGCAGUAGCUUGCAUCUUCCCCUACAUAUUUUUGAAACUUUUAUCAACCGAUAAUUUUAUUCAGUUGUAUAUCUCUUUUGGGGGGUUUUAGUUCAAGUUUUGUUCUUUAAGCUGAGAAACAUGAUGUCUUGAAUUCCUCUCGAGCUCGGGUUAAUUUUUUUCCCGGGAACAAUUGAGACGGAAUAGGAUCUUGACAAUCGUUUUGUUAAAUUAGUCUUGCAUUCUGUGUACCAAUUACUCUUGAUUUUGUACCUGGCCGGUAUGUGUGGCCUUAAAUUUUCUCUAUGGAUAUUGUAAUCAGUUGAUCUUCUAGCUUCA